AUGAGUAGUGCAUUUACUAUUAAAGUCCCAGCAUCAUCUGCCAAUAUUGGACCAGGGUUUGAUGUCUUGGGAUUAGGUUUACAACUUUACUUAACCAUUACAGUCACUAUCGAUCCAAGUAAAGAUACAACAUCUGAUCCUCAUCAUGCUAUUUUAAGUUAUGAAGGAGAUGGUACAGUUCCGUUUGAAAGUAAUAAGAAUUUAAUUACUCAAACUGCAUUAUAUAUAAUGAGAUCUAAUGGAAUGGAAAAUUUCCCAAUUGGUACUCAUAUUCAUGUUAAUAAUCCAAUUCCUUUAGGUAGAGGAUUAGGAUCACUGGCUAGCGCUAUUGUCGGUGGUAUUUAUUUGGGUAAUGAAAUAGCUGGAUUGAAAUUAGACAAGCUUAGAUUAUUAGAUUAUUGUUUAAUGAUUGAAAGACACCCGGAUAAUAUUGCUGCUGCCAUGUUGGGAGGAUUUGUUGGUUCCUAUCUUAAUGAAUUAUCCGACAAGGAUGUCGAAUUAACUCAAACUCCUUUAGAAUACAUAUUACCUAAAGAAACUACUCCAAAGGACAAAAUCGUAUCCGUUCAACCACCAAUGAAUAUUGGAGAAUAUGUUACAUACAAUUGGAAUAAGAAAAUUAAAUGUUUAACAAUUAUUCCAAAUUUCGAAGUUUCCACAGAUUUGUCAAGAUCUGUAUUACCUAAAGAUUAUCAAUUGAAAGAUAUUGUUUACAAUUUACAAAGAAUUGCCAUCUUAACUACUGCAUUAACACAAGAUCCACCAAAUAAGAAAUUAAUCUACUCGUCCAUGAAGGAUAAGAUCCAUCAACCUUAUAGAUUUGGAUUGAUUCCUGGAUUGAACAAAGUCUUGGAACAAAUUACUCCAGAUAAGUAUCCUGGAUUAUGUGGUAUUUGUUUAUCAGGAGCUGGUCCAACUAUUUUGUGUCUUGCAACUGAUGGAUUUGAUAAUAUUGCUAAAGAUGUUGUUGACAUUUUCAAAUCAGAAAACGUUGAAUGUGACACUAAAGUUUUAGAUUUGGCAUAUGAUGGUGCAACAGUUGAACGUUCAUAG